CCUUACAUCCAAACUCCCUCUCUCUCUCUCUCUCUCUCUCUUCUCACCUCGAAGCAGGCAUCAAUGGAUCCGCAGGAAGAGAGAGAAAAUCAUCCAUGGCGGCGAAAGAAUUUCUCAGUAUUCAUCUAUUCGUUUUCACUCUUCAUGCUUGUUCUUGCGAUAGUAAUGUUAAGUUUCACCAGCACUGAUCUCUACAAGACCCAACAGCUGAGAUUCGCCCUCAUCCACCGCCGCAUCUCCAGCUUUCUUCGAUCCAGUUUAGGGUUUGGGAAAACUCCCAAAACCCUAACCCCCAAUUCGAAUCCAUCAUCUCAUUGUGUCCUCUGGAUGGCUCCGUUCCUCUCAGGUGGUGGGUACAGCUCAGAAGCUUGGUCUUACAUCUUGUCACUGCAUCAGCGUCUCCAAAUCAACCCUAGAUUUCGGCUCGCCAUCGAACAUCACGGCGAUCUCCAAUCCGUCGAAUUUUGGAACGGAUUGCCUGAGAACGUGAAGAGAUUGGCGAUGGAGAUGUACAGAGCAGAAUGUAGUAUCAACGAGACGAUCGUCGUCUGCCAUAGCGAGCCUGGUGCUUGGUACCCGCCAUUGUUCGAAACCCUUCCUUGCCCUCCCAGUGGGUACGGAGAAUUCUUGUCUGUGAUCGGUAGAACAAUGUUCGAGACCGAUCGAGUGAAUCCUGAACACGUAAAUCGUUGUAACAAGAUGGAUUAUGUCUGGGUUCCUACUGAGUUUCAUGUCUCUUCGUUUGUUCGAAGUGGCGUUGAUCCAUCUAAGGUUGUCAAGAUCGUGCAGCCUGUUGAUGUCGAGUUCUUCGAUCCUUCAAAGUAUGAUCCUUUGGAUCUGUCCUCCAUCGGAGAUCUGGUUUUGGGUUUGGAUUCGAAGAAUCGAGGUUUAGGGUUUGUGUUCUUGAGUGUGUUCAAGUGGGAACACAGGAAAGGUUGGGAUUUGCUGUUGAAAGCUUACAUAGAUGAGUUCUCUGGGAAUGACAAUGUAGCUUUGUACUUGUUGACAAACCCGUAUCAUUCAGACAGCGAUUUCGGUAACAAGAUUCUGGAUUUCGUGGAAGAAUCGAGUCUGGAAGAGCUUGAUCAGGGUUACCCUCGAGUCUAUGUGAUCGAUACCCACAUAGCCCAAGUUGAUUUACCACGGUUAUACAAGGCAGCCGAUGCGUUUGUGCUGCCUUCACGAGGUGAAGGAUGGGGGAGACCGGUCGUGGAAGCCAUGGCCAUGUCUUUACCCGUCAUCGCCACAAACUGGUCAGGACCUACCGAGUUUUUGACAGAUCAGAAUGGUUAUCCAUUGGUGGUGGAGGAGAUGAGCGAAGUGAAAGAAGGGCCAUUCGAAGGUCAUCAGUGGGCUGAGCCAUCUGUGGAUAAGCUUAGGGUUUUGAUGAGGCAUGUGAUGAGUAACCCUAAUGAGGCUAAGCUUAAAGGAAUCCGAGCCAGAGAGGACAUGACCCGAAAAUUUGCUCCUGAGAUUGUAGCCCGCAUUGUUGCUGAUCAAAUAGAAAGAAUAUUCGACGAGAAGACAAGAAGAGGAUAGAUCAAAGUGUCAUACCAGAGAAUCUAGAUGUCGGCGAGGAGUAAGCAGUCCUCAGAUCAAGUAGACAACACCGACAAGAUCAUAAGAGAAUGAGAUAAUAAGCAAGGAUUGUAUUCAUUCUUCGAAUCGAAAGAAAUGUGGAAGACUCAAGGAGAUCUUCUCUAAUCUGUUUCACAGAUCCAUCAUCUCGGUUUAUUGUGUAUUUCUGCUCAUCAUACAGAGAAGAUUUCUGAAUAAACCAGCAUGAGAUUUCACUGGA